AUGUCUCAGAACUCGGCUCUGUACUUCACCAAGAUCCCUGAGGGAUACCCCGUUGCCGGUGAGCACAUCGCUGUGCAGCCCGUCUCCUAUGACGCCAACGUGCCGACCCCCGAGAACGGUGUCGUGCUGCAGUCGCUCUACACCAGCUUCGACCCCUACAUGCGUGGUCGUAUGCGCGACCCUUCCAUUAAGUCCUACUCGGCUCCCUUCGAACUCAACAAGCCCAUUGAGAGCGCCACCAUCGCCAAGGUCCUCCGCUCGAACAAUGACAAGUACAAGGAGGGCGACCUGAUCUACGGAUACGUGCCCAUCCAGCAGUACAUCGCCCUGGACGGCCAGCAGAUCGUGCGCAUCCGUCCCCUCGACAACCCCCUCGGCAUCGAGGACAUCCGCAUCUUCCUCGGCGCCCUCGGCAUGCCCGGUCUGACUGCCUACUCGUCGCUGUACGAGAUCGGCAAGCCCAAGAAGGGCGAGACCAUCUUCGUCUCGGCGGCCAGCGGUGCCGUCGGCCAGCUGGUCGGCCAAUUGGCCAAGCACGAGGGCCUCAAGGUCAUCGGUAGCGUCGGCUCCGACCAGAAGCUGGACUACAUCAUCAACACCCUGGGCUUCGACGGCGGCUUCAACUACAAGACCGAGAAGCCCGCUGACGCGCUGGCGCGCCUGGCCCCCAACGGUAUUGACAUCUACUACGAGAACGUCGGCGGCGAGCACCUCGAGGCUGCCCUCAACGCCAUCAACGACUUCGGCCGCAUCGUCGUCUGCGGCAUGAUCUCGCAGUACAACCACGCUCCUUACCCCAUCACCAACAUCCAGAAGGUGCUCACCAAGCGUCUGACCAUGCGCGGCUUCAUCGUCGGCGACGCUGGCAUGGGUGACAAGUACACCAAGGAGCACCAGAAGAACGUCCAGCAGUGGAUCAAGGAGGGAUCCUUCAAGUCCCUGCUCCACGAGACCGAGGGUAUCGAGAACGCUCCCGAGGGCCUGAUUGGUAUCUUCUACGGCAAGAACCUCGGCAAGGCCGUCCUGAAGUUCUAA